ACGUGUCCACGCAAGCGCGUAUCUCGUAGAUCCCUAACCUCAAUUCUAUCCAAAUUUUCAAUUUUUUGAAUUUCUGCAAUAUGGCCCUAGAAAAUAGCGAAAAAUUUGACUUGAAAGUAGUUGAAGAAAACUUUUCAUCAGCUCUCUGUGAAGAAGAUGACGUGCAGCUUCAAGGUUACCUUAACAGCUACGAAGAAUUGAAUAAGUUUUUUACUCUAAUGGGCACCGUCUUUGGUUUCGUGAGCAAAGAUCUCAAAUCAAAAAUGGAUGUUUUGGCCGAAUUCCUCGCAAAUGAAAAAAUUUCGGAUAAUUUUGUAACUGUGAAAAAAAUGAUUGAAUAUGAGCGCGACAAUCAAUUAUUACACAAGAAAGGGUACACGUCCGGUAGUCGGACCUUAUUACGUUUGCACCGUGGAUUAGAUUUCAUUCGGGAAUUUUUGAAAAACGUGGGCGAGUUGAAAGAUGAGGAAAACACUGGAGGUGUAUGCCGUGAAGCCUAUGACCGUACCUUAGCCAAACACCACCCGUACAUGAUAAGAAAGGGGGCCCAAAUCGCCAUGUACACCCUUCCGACGCGAGAGCAACUCUUAAAGAAGGUCUGCGGCGACGAAAUCGGCGUCAAAGAGGCCUUAGAAACGCUACCAAAGACUUUGGAUGCAACAGACGCGGUUUAUACGCGAAUUGAAGCCUUGUACACGAACUAUGAUCUCCACGCCUUGCCUUAAUCACCCAGGUACCUCCUCCUCUACAUUCCUUAAAAGUGUGCAAUUCCAUUUUACAGCUUGCUUAUUAAUUUAUUUAAAAAAAAUAAUAUCUACAGUGACAAGUAUUAUUUCUUUUUAGCGAAACGUUUUUUCGCCCAUUGACCUUUAGACUUAGUUUCCAGUUCCUUGGGGUUUUGGUCAUUGUGAAGGGCUCCAUACAAGGCGUGUGCAUCACUUGGAUUACCCAACACUUCUUUCAAUUCGUCUUUACUCAUUUUAAUCGCAUUGUCCAUACUUUUCACUUGGCGUAGAAACACAUCGAUGUUCUUUGAAUUGAUCCCUGGGAGUUUUUGGACAAAAUCGUAAAUAUUACUGUUGUAUUUGGUCUCCACAAGGUCUAGGUCUUGUUUGCCUCCAAUUGCGGCCGCGUAUUCCACGUUAGGCUCCUCUUUACCAUCCUAAAAGUACACAAAAGUAGAGUUUUGUUUAAAAUUCUGUUGUUUUACUUUCAAUUCCUCAAACAACUGAGCUGUAGCAUAUGGACUAGGGCUCCAAAUAAUUUUCAAUUUCGGAAAAUGUAGCGACAGCAAGAGCAAUUUUUUCUGAAUAUCGAAACUAUUAGUGUCACUUGAGACCAUAUACUGGUUCUAAAAAUUUUAAUUGUUUCAAAAAUAUUUAAUUGUUUUGUUGUUUACCUGCCACGAGAACGGCUUAUUUUGAUCAAACUCGAUCAAAAGCAUGGGUUUUGCAUAAUAUCUAAACAUUUGAGUGCAUUGUUGAUACAACCUACCGCUAUUUAGCGACCCCACAAGAUCCGAAAGGCUCUUUCUUUCGACACAAAUCUCCGGUGUUAAAAUAUAAUCCCCUACUGCGAUAGUAACCGGCUCGAUAUCUACCCCUCGUUUGUGAAUAAGAGCCGGCAAUUCGCUCCGAAACUCCCUCAUGUCGACUAUAACAUACUUCCUGGAGACUUCCUCGGGUCGCCCCCCGUGCCUUGUAUUUUUACUCGGGGAUAUAAGAUCGCGUUGGAGGGUAAGACAGAGGUCUGAUUUUCCGUCUUGGUCUUCGGGUACCACCAUUUUCGAUUUCGUCUCAAUCAAAUACUCGAAGGCUUCUUUUUCGCGUCGCAGCGACGUUAAAUAGCUUUGCUCUUCGACCGUUUCACCGUGGAUCAGAAAAUAGACUUUAAGGGGCGCAUCGCGUUUCCGGUGGGCUUCAUACAUUUCAAUUUCGCGGAUUGCCGUAAUGUUGCUGUGGUACAUUAUAAUAAAAGAGGGGUUGAUUUCGUGGAGGGUGCGUUGGAGGUUGAUGGUGCCAGGAGUGCCUUUGAACGUUUGGAUGAGGACAGUAGGGGCGGUUACGGACUGACAAAUUUGGGUUAUGUUCAGGUUUUCCAAUUCGUCACAUUGUUCGAAAAUGUAUUGAGAUUCGUCGUUGGGUGUUUGGGACAUGGUUAAGACGUAACUACUUUUUAUUUCUUCCUCUUGUGGUUUAUCUUCGAUAUUACUCUCGUCUAAUUUGGGCUUUUUGGCCGGUUCUGGGACCUCAUCUAUUUUUCCACAUUGUUGAAACGAAUCAUUGAUCUUUUUAAAGGUGACUUUCUUAUCAAGAGCAUUUAGGAACAAAUAUUUGUGAGGUCCGUGUGACAAUAACUUGAAUAAAAAAUUGAUUUUUAACAUUA